AUGGCCAAUAUUGAAUUUGAAUACAUUAAGCAUCAUUGUAUCUUGGUGGAGCAUCUUCAAGCUCAAUACUCUGCUGGCUGGACAGGUGAGCAAGGAGCGGAUGUACGCCUUCGUGUGUUCUCAUCUCUACUUUCAAUCCACUGCUGUCCUAUAACCAAUCGCCUGACUUAUCAUGGACUCGGCGAAGACUGGCCUCGCGUUAAUGUGUACAUAACGCGAUCAAACACAACGAACUCUGAUGAAGAAGCUUCUGGAUUUUCAUGGGCACCUAUCUGUUCCAUAGUGACUAUGGCAGCUAAGCAGGAUACCUGGUGGCCAGUACUGCGUGCGAUACUUCAACAACUGCGACGAGUACUAGAACACAUAGCGUUUGUAGAAGAAUUGACUCAAGCGCUAAUUUUCAUCUAUCAGAGGGCUGAACGUGGUGAUAUAUCGCAGUAUUUUGAUGACGCUAUUCCUCAGAGAGGACAGGUGGACGAGAAUCAGCUGAAAGGACAAAUAGCCAAGUUCCUUCCACCUAUAUUAUGUACACUGCUUAAUUACCCAUGUCGUCAAGAGCUUAGAAAUACCGAACUCUGCAAAAUUUUGGUAGAAUGUGUAUCACAAGAGAGCAUGGAGGUUACAUUAUUCUCAUUAUUAAUGAGUCCAUGCUCUCGCACACCUUUUACUCAGGCUGUUAUUGCCUGCGAUCUGGCAAUACAACUGGCACCGUCUGCUAUGGCUGGUAUGGCGCUGGUACUGACAGAAGCGCUGUCUCGAAUGCAUUACAACGCAGUUCGAGCUAUUCCCAUUAUGGAGCUUCUUUCGGACUCUGCUGAGAUUCCUGAAUUUCACAAAUUUUUCCAAGUGAGUGUAGUCUGCAAAUUUGGAAUGAAGUAA